AUGGUUAAUGGUAAGGUUGUGCUAGGAACCAUCAUCAAGCGAUGCUUGAAUCAGAGGGUGUUUAAGUUUGCUAUAACUUUGAUAGCGUUGUUAAAUGUGUUUUAUAUAGCGUUUUUGCUAAUAGGAGGUCAGUCAUCGAAACACUUUAGUAUCAAGCUCAAGACUCAUGCGUCGAACGUUUGGGACAACAUAAACAUCUACGGAAUGGAUGAAGAUGCCUCAAAGGAUGCUUCAAAGGCCAGUAAAACCCCUCAAACAGCGACUUUGAACUCCCUGCCUUCGACUAAAAAAGACGACAAACCUUUAUUCCCCCUUCCCAAAAAACCUUAUAAGGAGUUGGCUGAUGAAGAAAAGAUUCAUUAUAAGCUUAAUGAGGUCACGCGUGAUAAGAAGAAGUAUUGGCUUGCCCACACCGAGCUUACGGACCAUCAACUUCAAAUUACUGUCAAGGACUUUAAAAAGGAAGCUUGGAAAGACAAGCCGACUUUGUUUUAUGAUCCUAGGUUUACAUUGUCCAUUUAUAUUAAUGAAAUCAAGAACCAAUAUAUAGACAAAAACCCCGAAAAUGACAAAACGAAAAAGAAUGAGAUCAUCGUCCCAUUUGCUUGGUCUGACUGGGUAGACAUAACUAUGUUGAAUGAAGAACUAUCUAAAAGUGAAUCUGCAAGAAAAAACUGCGAAUAUAUGAAAGCUGUACAUCAUAUUAAAGCCAAAGAUCCUAAUUAUUGCGUGAAUAAUAAUGAUAUUACCGAACAAGAUCUCGAGGAAAUGAAAUUACCCUCAACAAACUUUGUUCCUGGAUUUGCUGUCAAGAAGUCCCCAACGAAUAAAGCAUCGAACGAAGUCAGAAUGUUGGAAGGUAAGUCCCAUUUAUUGACUUAUGCAAAAAAUCCGUUGGCGAUAAUCUUUCUCAGCAAUGAUGGUGUUUAUGAGGCUCAAGUAGAAGGAAAACAAAGAAUUGUGGAUUCCAAUCUCUUUGACCGUUACUUGUCCUUAAAUAACAUCAAGGAAGAUCAAAUUGUUCUUGACCCCGUAAAAGAGUUCAAUGAAUUUGUGAAAGCAGUGAGGCCAAAUACUCUAGAUGCCGAGGAUGAUAUAUAUGGAAUGGUCGCAAAAAUAAAGGAGACAGAUCCAAGUAAAUCCCGAGAACUUACAUUGACUGAGAGUUCUUUCAAUUAUCAGCAAGAUAAAAUAGAUGCCCAAAUUCAAGAAUUUGAAAAAAGAAUCGAGGGUUUGGGCACAAUAACUACCAAUGAACUAAAGUUUGAUGAAGAGCAGAUCAAUAAGUUGAGACUCAGUAGAAAUGAAAAAAUUUACUAUGAUGGGUUGAAAUACGCAUCGUCAUUUGACCCGAAAGCCGAGGAAACUUAUUUUAGAAUGGCUAGACUUAAUUUUGACAAUGAAGAAAAUGACAAAGACGCUGGUUGGCAUUAUGAGUGGAGAUUUUUCAAUGGUGCAUUACGCUACCUAAAGAAGGGCUGGAACGUCGACGAGCUUCUUAUUAGAGAGAAGGUCUUACUUGAUCGUAUAUUGAGAAAUUGGUUCAGAUUUGCUAAUGAGAAAGGUAUAACGUCGUGGAUCGCCCACGGACCACUUUUAUCUUGGUACUGGGAUGGUUUAUUAUUUCCAUUCGAUGAAGAUAUUGAUAUUCAAAUGCCAGCUGAGGAGUUGGCAAGAUUCUCCAGGUUGUAUAAUCAAACGUUAGUUAUUGAAGACAUCACAGAAGGAUUUGGAAAGUACUUUAUCGAUUGCUCUACAUUCAUUCAUCACAGGCAAUUCACUAAAAACGAAAACCACAUCGAUGCGAGAUUCAUUGACAUUGAUACGGGUUCCUACAUAGACAUUACUGGGUUAGGAAUUAGUGACGAAGAAGUACCAGAACAGUAUAAGAGUCUCUCAGAAGCUGCCAGAGCCGAAAAUGUUCCUCAGCCGGUUUACAAUUGCAGAAACAAACAUUUUUAUUCUUUCAAAGAAAUCUCACCUUUAAGGUUCACAAUGAUGGGAGGUGUUCCAUUGUAUAUACCCAAUAACAUUAAAGAAAUUUUGAAAAUUGAAUAUUCCAAGGGAUUAACUUCCUACACUUACGAGAAUUUUUACUUCGUGGAUGCCUUGAAUUUAUGGAUUCAUAAAGAUAAAUUGGAGUUUCUUUUCCAAGGUCAAGACUAUAAAGAUAAGGAUGGAAUUAUAGACCCAGAAAAAUUCACCAACCUUGUGAAAACAAUUGGAACUAAGGAAGUUGUUCAAAUUCUAGAGAGAGAUGAAGAUGUAUUAUUAGAAUAUUAUAUUACCAUGGAUGUUACUGCAUUGCACAAGAAGGAAUUGACAUUCUUGUUUGAUAUGCCUCAAGGAGAAAAUACAUUGAUCGGGGAUAUUGGGGAUCAAAAGUCAGAGGAAGUUAUUAGUCACGACGUUGAGUAUCACAAGUUAACUUCCCAAUUUAAGUUCCAGAAGCCUUUCCGAAGACCACUUUUCAAUUAUGAGAAUAUCGAUAAACCUAAACACCACAAAGACUAG